AUGAGACUCAUCGUCCGUGACGAUGCUGCGGCAGCGGCCAACUAUGUCGCCCAAUACAUCCUGAAUAGACUCAAGGAGUUCAAACCAACGGCCGACCGUCCGUUUGUUUUAGGAUUACCUACUGGUAGCAGCCCAGUCGAGGUGUAUAGAAUCCUAGUUGAGCACUACAAAGCGGGAGAUGUCUCCUUCGAGAAUGUGGUCACCUUUAACAUGGACGAGUAUGUCGGCCUCCCGCGCGACCAUCCUCAAAGCUACCAUUCCUUCAUGUGGAAGCACUUCUUCUCGCACGUGAAUAUCCGGCCUUCGAAUGUUCACAUCCUUGACGGAAACGCGCCCGAUCUGGAGGCCGAGUGCGCUCAAUACGAGGCAGCAAUACGAGAUGUGGGUGGUAUUGACCUCUUCCUUGCUGGGAUUGGUGAAGAUGGCCACAUUGCAUUCAAUGAGCCCGGGUCGUCACUAGCUAGCCGGACACGGAUCAAGACCCUCGCAUACGACACCAUUCUGGCAAACUCGCGAUUCUUCAACAAUGAUGUCAACCAGGUGCCCGCCAUGGCUCUCACCGUUGGCGUGCAGACCAUUAUGGACGCCCGUGAGGUCGUGGUCAUCGUGCUUGGUGCGCGCAAAGCCGUUGCGUUGAAGAAGUGUAUCGAGUCUGGCGUGAACCACAUGUGGACGUUGUCCGGCCUUCAGCUACACAAGCAUUCUAUGGUUGUCGCGGAUGAGGACGCUACGCUCGAGCUCCAGGUCAAGACUGUGAGAUACUUCAAGUCUAUCGAAAAGAUCGCCCGGGAGAGAGGCUUCGAGCAAGCUCUUCCAAAAGGGCUUCGGGAUGGGCGAGUGACAGAGCCCACAACCACGAAGAUAAUGGUCAACGGAAUUCAUUCCCCUCUUGCAACGAGAGACUUUGAGGGUCAGAGCUAUCUCCUCCGGGCAAACAACCCAGUUCUCGCGGCACCUUCAUCCAGAUCGGUUACACCUGAGCCUACACUAGAUAACAUGAUGUCUCGUAUCGGUAAUUGA